AUGAGAGAACCCUGCAGAAUGAAACACACUGAAGAACAAACAGAGUUGAUUGAAGAAAACGAGGAGCAUGAAGAACUGAAUAAAGAGGAGCAGAAGCAACAUGUCCAAAAUGGAGAAAACUCUUUGAAUUGCUCUCAAACCAAACAGAAAGAUUUAAAGAAGAGAAGAGACAAGAAAUCUUUCACCUGCACUCAGUGUGGAAAGAGUUCGAAAAACAAACAGGGUCUUGAGAUUCACAUGAGGAUCCACACUGGAGAGAAACCAUUCAGAUGUGAUCGGUGUGGGAAGAGUUUUACAGCAUCAUCAAGCCUUAAGAUGCACAUGAUCAUCCACACUGGAGAGAAACUGUAUGAAUGUGAUCAAUGUGGAAAAACAUUUUUGAGGGCUUCAAACCUGAAGGAGCACCUGAGAGUUCAUUCAACGGAGAAACCACAUUCAUGUUCAUGUGGAAAGAGGUUUUCACAUCUGAAGAGUUUAAAAGUACAUCAGAAGAUACACACUGGUGUGAAAGAAUAUAUGUGCUUUGAGUGUGAGAAGACUUUUAUUAGAGCUGAAAGUUUGAAACAACACCAGAGGAUCCACACUGGAGAGAAACCUAACAAGUGUUCACACUGUGACAAGAGAUUCAGUCAGUUAGGACACCUGAAAAGACACGAGAGGAUCCACACUGGAGAGAAACCUUACAAGUGUUCACACUGUGACAAGAGAUUCAGUCGGUUAGGACACCUGAAAAGACACGAGAGGAUCCACACUGGAGAGAAACCGUAUCACUGCAUUGUAUGUGGGAAGAGUUUCCGUAAUUCAUAUUUUCUACUUAAGCAUAUCAAAGAACAUUCACAGUCAGUAGUAGGGGAUACACAAACUAAUCGACUACUCUACUUCAAUGCUCUGCCAUGACGCUUUAAGCUUGAUGUUGACUAGUCGCUGGUCCUAUAGAUGACACAACAGGAUAAUAAACCUUUGAAGGACUUCCACAUUUAUGCUCCAUUUCCAAACAGUUAAAAUGUCAAAUAAAUGUAUACUCUGAAAGCUCCACAA